AUGGAUGAAAUAUUUUGGUUUUACCCAGAAAUGACGUCUAAAAAAGUGAGAAAGCACUCUGGGAUACUGUAUGACGACAGAUUCAAGACAAAGGCCACUGUUAAGAAGAAGAUGGUGGCAAGAAACACCGUAUUGGAGCAUUCGAGACUGAAUAAGCUCAAUGAGAGGCUGAAUAUUCAGAAUUCGAAUGAGAGAAUAGUGGAGGCGUAUUCUGGGAUACUUGGAAGCGUAGAUUACACGAUGAGUCUUCCACCAAGGGUGCCAUACGAUGGAAUUGCACCAAAUGAGUACAAAUUGGUUGAAGAAGAGGCAUUCAACCACUGGAAGCACCUAAAUGAGGGAAUGGUCUUUGAGAAGAACAUUGAGGUGUGGAGACAGUUCUGGAUUGCGUGUGAGAGGGCAGAAUGCAUUGUACAGAUUGUAGAUGGUAGGAAUAUUGAGCAGUUUGUGAAUGAGGACAUCAAGAAGGUCUACCCGAAUAAGAAACAUGUGAUCUUAUGCAAUAAAAUGGAUUUGGUUGAGAAUGGAACUGUUGAUAGGGCCAAAAUGACUAACAUGAUUCAUUCCAGUACAAAAGAGACCAAUAGGAACCUGAUUAGUGCCCUAAUGGAGUAUGGUAGCACUUUUGUGUUUAUUGGCUAUCCAAACGUGGGAAAGAGUAGCACAAUAAACAUGAUAGUCCAAAGUAGAAAAGUGAGGGUAUCAAGCACUCCUGGUAAAACAAGAUACAUUCAGACAAUCAAUGGAUCCGACUUCACCAUCUACGACACUCCUGGACUGGUAUUCCCACGCCACAGCAAAAUAGACCUGAUACUGAUGGGAGUGAUCAAUAUUGAUCACGUGAUGGAUCUGAGACAGUACGAAAGUGAAAUAGUGAAUCGUGUUAGUGGAAGCAGAAUGGCAGGAAAAGAAGGAAAUAGAGGCGUGGCUGAUCUGGGAGAAAUGAGCAAUGCCAGAGGAUGCACCAGAAUGGAAUCACUGAAAAUGGUUCUGAAGGAGUAUUUGGAUAGAAGCACCUAA